CAUCGUUUCUCCCGCAGUGGCCAUAUUUGUUGAUGUGUCAUAUCAAAGUGACUUGUUAGGGCUAUCAGCUGGUUAGACGGCUAGCCCGAAGUUCACCCUUACUCCGAUUGUCUCCGCGUUGAGCUACACCAUGGGGUUUUCGCAAUCGAUUUAACCAAGGGAGGGACCAUGGAACAGCCUGGUCCUGCUUCAGAUACACACAUGAUGGAGGGAUCAGAGGUUGAAUCUGUGUCUGAAGGAUCACCCCUUGUGAAUCAGCUCCACAACAACACAGCCAACAUAGAAAAUGAGGACGAAAUAUCUCUCAAUAGUGCAGAUGAGGCAGAGACGUCCAGUCAAGCAAAAGAUGAAGUAUUGCUUGAAAGUAAAUUGAUCAAGAGUACUACAGUUGUUGAGACGGGCACAGAGACUGAGCUGGAAGCUCAAACGUGCAGUCAGGAACAGGUGGAGGGGAGUGAGAUGGAUGCUGAUACUGGUUGUUAUAAUAGUACAGUUUCCACAGAAGGCGGGAUACCUUCAUUUUCAAAUGAGGCUGGUGAAGCAUUGUUAGCCCCAGACGCCUCCUUAGAUGAUGUGGUAGAAAGCUCCCCUUCUGUUCUUGAAGGCACAAUAGAAACCUUAUUGACUUUUGAUGAAGAAAGUUCUCGUGCCACCACUCCAAACCACAAUGAGCAGCCAUCAGUCUUGGUUACAAAUUGUUCCACAGAGCCAUUGCCUGCCAAUGAUAAUGGUUCAGCUGAGAGCCCAUCAUCCUCUUCCGUCCAAAGCACUUCCAAAAGCUCCCCUACCGACUCCACAACCACCUCUGGGAUCUCUAAUGGCCCUUCGACCCCCAGUUCUGACACUGUCAGCUCCUCGCUUGCUUCCAGUCCGCAAACCAGUGCCAACACCUCAGCCCCCUCACAUUCCUCAUCGAGCCCAUACGACACCGAUUGUAGCCGCAAGCUUAUUUCCCAGAUCCAGCGCUCGCUGUCACAGGAGUCACUGCUGGAUGAGCUAGAGUCAGAGCUUUUGGCCUGUCAGCUGCCUGAGGGUGAAAGUGGAGGCGAGAGAAAAGGGAGCCCACCCGUCAAUGGUCUCCCCUCAGACCAGGAGGGCUGUAUGGUGGUCUUUGAGAAGUGUGUGCAGUACAAAUAUGCACAACAGGAGAAAGCUAUUCAGAGGUUGCUUGAAGAGAAUAAGAGACACCAGGAGCUGAUUCUCGGUAUCUGUUCAGAGAAGGACAACAUGAGGGAAGAACUGAAAAAGAGGGCAGAAACAGAAAAGCACCACAUGGCCAGCAUUAAAAAGUUGGAGGGCAGGGUGGAGGAGCUGCUGAAAGAACUGAAGGAGUCGCGGGAUAAAUUAGUUCACCAGGACCAGGCAGCUAAGGCUGCUCUCCAGCAGAUGCAGAAGGAAAUGGCCUACCGGCUAGAACAGGCGAACAAGAAGUGUGAAGAGGCACGCCAAGAGAAGGAGACCAUGGUGAUGAAGUAUGUCCGGGGGGAGAAAGAGGCCCUCGACCUGAGACGGGAUAAAGAGGGUUUGGAGAAGAGGCUGAGAGAGGCCACCAAGGAGGUAGACCGCCAGGCGCUCCGAGGAAACCAGCUGGCUCAGGAGAAAGGCCGGUUGCAGCAGCUGUAUGACGCUAAGGAGGGCGAGGUUGGCAGGUUGACUCGAGAGGUGGAAAAGCUGAAGGAGGAGAUCAACUCACAUCUUAUCAAAGUCAAAUGGGCCCAGAACAAACUCAAGAGUGAGGCAGAUGCACACAAGGAAACUAAAGACAGGCUGAGAGAGACCACAUCCAAACUGGCCCAGGCCAAAGAAGAGACUGAACAGAUCCGCAAGAACUGCCAGGACAUGAUCCGAACAUACCAGGAAUCAGAAGAACUCAAGUCCAAUGAGCUGGAUGCUAAACUAAGGGAGACCAAAGGAGAGCUGGAGAAACACAAGCAAGAACAAACAGACCAGUUAGAGGUACACCGAGUGAAGGCCAAGGAGCUGGAAGACCUGAAGAGGAGUUACAAGGAGGGCAUGGAUGAGCUCAACACGCUACGCACCAAGUUGAAGUGUUUAGAGGAUGAGCGUCCACGCUGGGAGGACGAGCUGAACAAGUACAGGGAGAUCAUCAACCGGCAGAAAGCUGAGAUCGGCCGCCAGAGAGAAAAGCUGGAAGAGAUCACGGCGCUCCAGGAGCAGCAUCAACGUGACGAACAGGAGAUCACGUCUCUCCGUGAGGAAGUGGACGGCAUGACAAACCAGAUGGCUGACCUCCAACGUGAUGUACAAGGCAGCAGGGAGCGCGAGGCAGAGUUACUGGGCUUCACUGAAAAGUUGAGCAGCAAGAACGCCCAGCUCCAGUCAGAGAGCAACGCACUGCAGUCUCAGCUGGACCAGCUCACCGCCACCUUCACAGAGCUCCAAGGCAAGCUGGAGGAGACCAACAGGCUACUAGAUGACAAGUCACGUCAGCUGAAACAGGAGGAAGUGCUGAGGCAGCAGGAAGUGCAGGGCUUGCAGGAGGAGAGGACAGCACUGCAGACAGAGGUGACCCAACUAAAAACCAGAGUUGAAGAGCUGAGAGAUGAGCUGGUGACUCAGAAAAGGAAACAAGCUGCCAACAUCAAGGACCUGACGAAACAACUAACGCAAGCCCGCAAGAGACUGGAGCAGGUCGAGAAUGGAGGCUGCGACAGGGAUGCCAGCAGUAUGGGCAGUCGCUCUAGUUCCUCAGGUACUACUCCUGGAUUUGGCUCCUUGAAUGCACGUCACGGUGGGAGCAGUGGCGUUGAAGAGCGGUCGCCAGAGAGCCAGUCGGGUCCUUCAGUGGUGGUCGUUGACAGCUUCCCAGAGGUCGACAAGGCUGUGCUAGUGGAGCGCAUUGUCCGUCUGCAAAAGGCCCUGGCACGCAAGCAGGAAAAAAUUGAGUUCAUGGAGGAUCACAUCAAGCAACUGGUGGAAGAGAUUCGCAAAAAGACCAAAAUUAUCCAGAGCUAUGUGCUGAGAGAGGAGACAGGGGCCCUCUCGUCAGAGGCGUCCGACAUUAACAAGGCCCACCUGAGCCGGCGGGGAGGCAUCAUGGCUUCGCUUUACACCUCCCACCCGGCAGACAGCGGGCUGACCCUGGAUCUGUCGCUGGAGAUCAACAGGAAGCUGCAGGCUGUGUUGGAGGACACACUGCUGAAGAACAUCACUCUGAAGGAGAAUCUGCAGACACUUGGGGCCGAGAUCGAGAGACUCCUAAAACAGCAGAGAGAUCCCGAGGACGGAGUACGGAGGAAGUGACGCGACCACAUCACGGAACAAGAACUACAGGAGGAAAUCUCUAACACACCGCUUUUGAAGGGGACAGCAAAAAUUUGAGAAACACUCACACACACACACACACUCAUUCUCCCAACAUAUGAAGGAGCAAAUUGAAUGUUGUAAGAGCCAGUAGCACCUCAGGUUGCUUUUUAGGAGGACUGGCUGAAGCCCCCCCCCCCGAGCCUCACCAAGAGAAAAUUCUUCGGGCUAGUUUCUUCAAGCUUGAAACAUUGACUGCCUUGUAAAUGACUGAAGAUGCCAUAAUUAUGAAUGUAUAGCAAAGUCUAGCCGGGAAACAGUUGCAAAACAACAAACGCUUGCCAAUGACUUCAUUCAUUCAUUCAAAAAAAAGGAAAUAAGUCUCCUGGUGCAUUUCUUUCUCACAGCGAAUCACAGCCCUGUCCACUGCACCCGUACAGUAAGUAAACUGAGAUGAGAUGAUCAUCGCCCAGCAUGCGCUCUCUACUUGUCUCCAUCUGCCAGUAAGCCAAAUGUAUAACUGCACAGCACUCCAUAUGUGAAGCAAAAACAGAAAAACAGAUUAUCCUCGGCUUGUAGGGGGAACCUUGCAUGCCACCGCUAUUUCAUCAUCUUUUGCUCUGCGCAGCACUUAUGGCCGAGCUGGUGAGGCAAGGUGCCUCUCAUCAGCAGACCCACUCAUCUGUUUUACACCGGUGCUAGACUCAAGGAAGCAGACUGUAUCUUUGCAAUGUUUCAUGCAGCCAACAGCACUAUGCCGUCAGCGUGGAGGAGCACUACUCCUGAGCACAGUGGACUUUGAAGAAAAUCUAUGACAAAUAUAAAUAUCAUGCUAAGGUUGAAAUGUAGAGCUGGUCUUGAGUUUGGCCAUUUUGAAUAUGAUUUUAUUUAUUUUCUUUCUUUUUUUUUUUUGCUUAAAAUUGAAUUUUUAUUUCCAUAUGUCUGACUGGUUAUCAGUUUUUAUUUGUUAUUAUCACCUCAGAUCGUUUUAUUUUAGAAUUUUGGCUCUUAAUUUGAAAUAAUGAAUAUCUUCAACACCCCCACCCCCCUUCAUUGUGAUCUGGUCUAAUGGUGCAGGCGUCAUCAGCACCAGCUGGCAACGGCUCCUCUUAAUCAGACAAGAGAAUCUAAAGUUUAUGUUUCAGCUUCCCCAGUGGUUUGUUAGCAUCAUUAGCAUUCCUCAUUUCAAACUGUGGCCACAGAGAUGCUAGGGGAUGAUGAAACUGUCUUUGCAACAUGUGCACGAUAUGAUCUGGUGGUCUAAAAAAGACUAAAAUGUUAAGGUAUUCCCGUCACUCUACUCUUUUUACUUUUCUUUGUAAUGUCACUGCGUCCGUUGAAGUAAAUCAAGUGUAGAAGAAUUGGAUGGAGCACAGGAGAUCUGUAGCUGUAGCUCAGGAAAGCUUAAUGGAAUCCACAGAAAUAUAACCUGGGACAAAGUGCAAUGCUGUUCCUUUCAUUGAUUUUUUUUUUUUAAUUAUUAUUUUUGAUUAUUUUUUUUAUCUUUUAUUUUUUUGUUCUGAAUGUGUCUGUGCGCCAGUAUACUGUUUGGAUGUCUCUUUUUAUGCUUGUGUGUGUACAACAUGCAACCGUGCUGAUGUUUGAAUAUUGAAGUGUCCAAACUCUGUGUCUAUGUGUAUGUGUGUGUGUGUGUGUGUGGGCGCGCCUUUGUAACCUCUCAAGCUUUUGCAUUUGCACCUCGUGUACAUGCUUCAGCUGUCGAGGUUUAUAGGCUUUUACCAGAUUGCCCAUGGAGUUCAUUUCUUCCGGAGGGGGACACACACAUUUGCAUUUAGAACCAUUGUCUGUCAGCCACACGAACACACUGCUGCAGCUCAACACCUCUCAGCUAUACACAAUAAUGCUUCUGUCUCUCUUUCACAGCCAUUUAGUCUAUUGAACAAACGCACACACACAUGCACUCUAAAACACACAGGAUACGAAGGGUAUAAACCAGGCACCUGGCUCCAUCUGAAAAUACUAAACUUUCCUUGGUCCUCAUUUGAUCUUAUUGCAGAAGCUGUCACAAAAGAUAACCCCCCCCCCAAUCAGAGGCAGGCUUUUAUGGGCCAUGAAUGCUUACAGGCCGAACCCCCCCACACCCUGAGGCAGUGUUGAAAUGGCCCACUAUGUGAAUAGAGAUGAAAGUUUCCAGGAUUGAGGUCACGGAGUUCUUAAAGCCUCCCCGGUGCUGCAGUGGGCGCUCAGUGUUUGAUGUACUUCUACUUUUAUUUCAUCCAAGCUGAUUUCUCAGUAUGUAAACGUACAGACAGCAAACCUUGAGAUAACAUCUUGAUUCUCCUUGAUACUGAAACUUGGUAACCUUUUAAACUCUUCCAGCAUAGGUUCAAUAAGGUUGCAACUUGAUCACAUCACAUUUAGGUUUCUUUUUUCUAUCAAGCCAUUUGAUUAUUUCAAAAUAAACUCAUUUGGAUGCAUGUGAAACAAUGUGACAAUGAGCUGCUUUCUGCUGAGUAGACGAAAAUCAUUUUGUGGCCUGCUUCUGGUGCAGAAGUAAAGUACAACCAAUGCAAAACACCUGGCAUGGGAUUUCCUAAUUAAUUCCCCAUAAUUCCCUGAGGCAUGCUAAUACGCUUCUUCUGAUUUGGUCACCCAUAAAAAUCACACCAAUCCAGAGAUUUUCCACAUUUCCACGGCCCUGAAGCAAAGCCAUGCUGCAGCAUUGUGUGGAUGAAUGAAUAGAACCUCAUGUUUCACUAUAUGGAUAUGAAGAAAUGGUGUCAAAAUGUGCGAGUGUUGAAAUGUGACAUUAAAUGAGAAGAUUGUCAUUUUUCUGUUUCCUGCUGUGCAAUGAAACCCCCCACCCCCUUUUGCUCUGUUUUGUGGAAUAUUCAAACUGUGAUUAUAAUAUACAUUUGUAGAUAUGUCAUUCUGUAAAAUUAUGAUGAGAUGUUUUUAAAAACAAAACACUGAUUCUGAAUUAUGUUUGUAUAUAUGGUGUUUCCAGGGAAUAAAAGGAGAUGAGUCUUAA